GACAAAAGAUGUUGUCAUUAGUUAUUACAGUUCACGCGGUUUGUGGGGUUAAAAAAAAAAUACCAAAAGUACAACACAAAACCGCGUAUCAACUUCCAUCAAAUGAUGCUCUAACUCUAACUCUAAACUAUUCAUUAAACUCCCAUAAAAUUCUCAUAACCAGACAAAAAUUUCUCUACCUUAGGUUCUUCUUCCCCUUUCCCUUCUUCUUCUUCUUCUUCUUUCUUAUCUUUUCUUCUUUGGUUUUAUUCAAAAAAAGAAAAAAAAUGGUUUUACAUAUAUUGUUACUAGUCAUAUUGUUCAUUGUUGGUUUAUUUAAUUUGUACUUCUAUGUUCCCACCAAGAAAAUCUAUGUUUGGAUUCAAUCCUUGUUCAUCUCAACUAAUAGUAGUGGUAGAAGUACUAGUGCUUCAUCAAAAACUUCAAUUGAUAAAUCAUUGUUAUCUCCCAACAAAGAGAAGAAGAUGGUCAACAACAACAGGAAGGAUGAGCUUAGAAAAGUAUUUUCCACCUUUGAUAAGAACAGUGAUGGGUUCAUAACAAAGCAAGAGCUGAUGGAAUCUUUGAGGAACAUAAGAAUUUUCAUGACAGAGAAAGAGGUAGAAGAAAUGGUGUUAAAAUUGGAUGCUAAUGGAGAUGGUUUGAUUGACUUUGAAGAGUUUGGUUUGCUUUGUGAGUCCAUGACUGGUGGUGAGCAAGGGAAAGAUGAAGUGAAUGGGAAUGAAAGCUUAUUUGAAAAUGAAGAGGAUUUAAAGGAGGCUUUUGAUGUGUUUGAUAGAGAUAAAGAUGGGAGGAUUUCUGUUGAGGAGUUGGGUUCUAUUUUAUAUUCUUUGGGAUUGAAAGAAGGGAAAAAGAUGGAGAAUUGUAAAGAGAUGAUUAAGAAGGUUGAUAUGGAUGGAGAUGGAAUGGUAAACUUUGAAGAGUUCAAGAGCAUGAUGAAAAGUGGAGGCCAGCUUCUCUUACCCUCUUCUUGUUAGAAGUACUUUCUCUAAACUAAUUUACAAGCUUUAUUUAUUAUAAUUUACAAGUCAUCUCUGUCUCUCUCUCUUUCAUUCUCUAACAGACAUUUACAAGCUAAGGUGUUUAAAAUGAUCCAAUAGUCAGUGGUCAUAAACCAAUUUCUCUGUAAUUAUUUCAUUUCAACUGCAAAAGUUGUGUGAUUUUAUAUAUGUUAUGUAUUGAAACCAAUGGUAGGCUGAAGUUUCUACAAA